AUCAUCAGUCAUCUCCUGGUGCUGGGAACGCAUCGCAACAUGAGGACCAUUACUUUAGUGUCAUUCGUGGCUGCGUUGAGCGUGGCAGCUGCUGCUCCUGACGGUUGCUGUGGUGGAAGCCAUGGAGGCGGAGGCCACGGAGGUGGAGGAUAUGGAGGAGGCGGUGGCCAUGGAGGCGGAGGAGGCAGAGGCGGCAGAGUGGUGAAAGCAGAACUGGUUGGAGUUGGCACUCUUCCUAGCACUGGCGGAGGAGGAAGUGGAGGAUCAGGAGGUUAUGGCUCCCGCGGAGGUGGCUCUCGAGGCGGCCACGGCAGAUCCAGCGGUGCCAGCAUUGUCCGCGCUGAGCUGGUAGGAGUUGGCACUCUUCCCAGCACUGGCGGAGGAGGAGGCGGAGGAUCAGGAGGCUAUGGUUCCAGCGGAGGUGGCUCUCGAGGCGGCCAUGGCAGAUCCAGCGGUGCCAGUAUUGUCCGGGCACAGCUGGUUGGUGUUGGCAGCCUUCCCUCAGGCGGGGGCAGUGGCCACGGUUCCAAUGCCAUUUCCACCGGUGGGGGAUACGGCGGUGGAAGUGGCUGGUAAUUUUUUUUUUUUUUUUUUUUUUUUACAUGAAAUUUUGCGAAGAAUUUACAAAACACAAAACAUAUUUGCGAAUAAACUACUGAAUAGCAAA